CCAGAUGUGCUGGAGCAGAUCCAUAGUUUAAGAGAGCUGUGGUUGGACAACAAUUCAUUACAAACCAUACCAGGGUUUGUUGGGAAACUGAGGCAGCUGCGAUAUUUCGACUUGGCCAAGAACAGGAUUGAGAGUCUAGAUGCAGAUAUCUCUGGCUGUGAGUCCUUAGAGGAUCUCCUCCUCUCCUCCAACAUGCUGCAACAGUUACCUGAUUCAAUAGGAAAGUUGAAAAAAUUGACAACAUUAAAAGUUGAUGACAACCAGCUCACCUCACUGCCUAACACCAUUGGAAGGUUAGUAACUCACUUAUGACUCAUUCAGCUGUGUAAAGGAAAAAUGACAAAGGCAGAAAAUACCGUCUUAGAUCGUA